UCCCGGUGACUCACGAUGAACUAUUAUUUCGGAGGCGUUCUUCGCGCUCCCGUGAGGUUCGGUGUCAGCUGGUAGCCGGCACAGGUCUCACCCUGCGCCUGGGACUUUCUUACAUUUAUUUUUUUUAUUGUAUUAUAUUAUAUUUAUUUUUGGGAUUCUUUUAAGUUGGAGCAUUUUUAAUUUUUUUUAAAAAAAAAUUUUUUUAGCUCGUGACAAGAGAGACAAGAAAGACUGAUUAUUAUUUAAUUUAUUUUUUGUUCAGUCUGCACCAUCUGUAUUUUAUUUUUUUUCUCCCUCCAUCCUCACUCCCACCACGGACAUAUCAUUUUUCUUCUUCCCCCCCCACCCCUUCCACCAUGAGUUACAUCCACGCGGCGGUGAAUGUGCUGCUUCGUGGACUCGUCAUCUAUGCGGUACUGGGCUCCGGCUUCCUUCACCCCGACGAUCUGCCUCACCGGUCGGCCGAUGCUGCACACGAAGCCGCCACAGACCCCUGUCUCACAGUGAUGCCGCCAUGCAUGGGCGAGGCCGACCGCUUCAGUCUGGAGGCGCUGCGGCACAUCCACAAACAGCUGGACGACGACAACGACGGCGGGAUUGAGGUCAACGAGAGUCUGGAGUUCAUAAUAGAAGACAUGAAGCAGCAGCAAACCAACAAACACAGCAACCUGCACCGUGAAGACCAACACAUCACAGUGGAGGAGCUGUGGAAGGGCUGGAAGACCUCUGAAGUCCACAACUGGACCGUGGAGGACACGGUGCACUGGCUGAAGGAGUCGGUGGAGCUGCCGCAGUACGAGAAGAACUUCCGGGACUCCCGGGUCACGGGGAACACCUUACCUCGAAUAGCAGCAAACGAACCUUCGUUCAUGUCGAUGCAGCUGAAGAUAUUAGACCAGCGGCAUAAACAAAAACUGAACCUGAAGGCUCUCGACGCGGUGCUUUUUGGUCCUCCUCUCCGUCCACAACAUAACUGGAUGAAAGACUUCGCCCUGAUGGUUUCCAUAGUGAUCGGUGUCGGGGGCUGCUGGUUUGCCUACGUGCAAAACAAGUCCAGCAAGGUGCACAUCUCUCAGAUGAUGAAGGACCUGGACAGCCUGCAGAAUGCUGAGCAAAGCCUGCUAGACCUGCAGAGCCGACUGGAAAAAGCUCAGGAGGAGAACCGAACGGUGGCGGUGGAGAAGCAGAACCUCGAGCAGAAAAUGAGGGACGAGAUCAACGGGGCCAAGACGGAGGCUCACAGGCUCCGAGAGCUGCGAGAGGGAGCCGAGUGCGAGCUGAGCCGCCUGAAAUACGCUGAGGAGGAGCUCGUUCAGGUGCGAAAGGCCCUGAAGCGGGCGGAGAAGGAGAUGCAGUCGGAGCGCUCGGUGCCUGAGGCUCUUCAGAAGUGGCUCCAGCUCACACACGAGGUGGAGGUUCAGUACUACAACAUCAAGAAGCAGAGCGCCGAGUUCCAGCUGAGCGUCGCCAAAGACGAGGCAGAGAAAAUAAAGAAGAAGAGAAGUUCUGUCUUUGGAACUCUUCAUGUAGCCCACAGCUCGUCACUCGAUGAGGUCGACCACAAGAUACUCGAGGCAAAGAAAGCCCUGUCCGAGGUAACGGCGUGCCUGCGGGAGCGGCUCCACCGCUGGCAGCAGAUCGAGAAACUCUGUGGCUUCCCCCUGGUCAGUAACUCGGGGCUGCCGAGCCUCACGGCCAGCCUCUACUCGGACCACAGCUGGGUGGUCAUGCCGCGAGUUUCGGUGCCGCCGUACCCCAUCGCGGGAGGAGUGGACGACCUGGACGAGGACACACCUCCCAUCAUGUCGCAGUUCACGACGUCGUUGAUCCGACCCCCGCUGACACGCAACAGCAGCCUGUGCCGUUCCCGCCGGAGCCUGAUGAGUUCCCCGCAGUCCUCGCUGAUGUCUCCGGACCCCGACCUGCUGUCCAUGGCCAGCUCGUCCCUCUCCUAUCGCCCCGAGGCCGACGACGAACAUAUCAUGUUCAGCUCGGAUAGGAGGGGGUAUGUAGCGGUGGCCGGAACGCCGCGGAAUGGUUUUAAAGUUUGGACUUACAGGGAACCGCCUCAGGAGGGCGGCUCCGACACGGACUCUCUCAACUCGUCCAUCGGCAGGAAGCAGUCGCACAACCCCUGCACAGCGGGAUCGGAGGCCCCGUACCGCAAGAUCUCCCGCGAGGAGCUGCUGCUGUUCAGCCAAACUUCGGAGCUUCAGGCGUGCACACCCACCAGCAGCAGCAGUCUCAGGGACUCCACUCCGGCCACCACGCCCUCAGGCCCGCCCUCCACCUCACCCUCCCCGGCCUUGGAGCACCACUCAUUUGCACACGUGCCCGACCUCACCAGCGCCAUCCCCGAGUCCCAAAGCCUUACCUUCUCCAAGGGGAACGUCAGCACUCUCACGGGAAAGGGCAUCUACAACGGCAUCCUGGAGAAGUCCUACAGCUACGGGCAGCUGCCCGCGAGCAUGCUGCCCAACGUGGGGCGGUACCCAUCUCUGACCUCCCUGGACUCGGAGGGGCGGAGUGUGGGAAGGGAACACAAGCUCCAGAGCACCUCCUCCCAGGACUCUAGCGACAAUGGAGAGAAAAUCAAGCGCUCCUCAUCUAAAAUCAAAAGCCUAUUUAAGAAGAAAAAAUAAAACUUGCAGUGACAGAGAAAUUAAUUAAAGAGUUGUUUUAGCCCAAAUACUAAUAAAAUGGACAUCACUGUAAGCUAAAACAGUUCAUUUUCUCUCUUUUCUUGUCAAAGACGGAAUGUAGCUCAGACUGGAUGCCUUUUUUUAGUUUACCCACAGGGGAAACCUGCAAAGGUCACGGAAAGGUCAAUUGCUGUCGUCUGUUGUUAAUGUUAGAAGUAAAUGUUUGAGUUUGAACCAAAAAGCCACUGUGUGUAAGGGCCUGAAGUUAAAGUACAUAGUGCACAGUAGUGUUUCACUGUAGACGUCAGGAGGAUGUCAAAAAUUUAAAGGGCAAGUUAAACGAUAACAUACUUUUUGAUAAUUUCUUUCUGAAGUGUCCUAACUUACUUCUUCCCGUUCAAAGUAUGAAUUGCAAUCUUGGCAAAGCGUCUGACUUCUAAACUCAUGUACUUCAUUUUCCCUUUGAGAGAAAAUCCUGCUAAAGCUAAAUUGCACUACUGCGCCGCUGCUUGCGGAGUACAUACUGAAAAAAAAAGAUGUAGAGAUGAGAGGAACACAUGGGCAGCGGCAGUGAAAAUGCAGCACAUGGUGCCAGAGGCACGAUGAUCUGAUGCAUCUUCAAUGUCACUGUUUAUGAUCAACUCAAAAUAUAUAAAUAAAUGAAUAUAUAUAUACAUAUAUGUAUACUUUGUUUACACAUUAUCAUGUUCUAAAUUUAGAUUGGUGGGGGUCCCUAGGAACUGAGGAAAUUUGAUUGAAUAUGCAGAUUUAUCCCGCGCCACUCAUUUCCCCUGUAAUCUAGCUCUCCCUCAUUACUUGACAAACUGCGUCCUGUAGCCAUUCAACAUACCAUUUCCAUGUUUUGUGGGUGGAGUGUCAUAGUUGCGCUGUGUUUAACGAUACAUGAGUGCCAGGGAUGUAAGACCGUUGCAGCAGUGUCAUUUCUUUGUUUUCCCAGAGUUGACUGCUGACUACACUUGUCUGUACUGUCCUGUGAUGAUGUGGCCUCUACCGUGUGUGUGUGUUCCCGGGCCUUUAAAAGACAAACACUAAGGAUUAUGUUUUUGGAGAAACUAAAACAACCCAAACCUUUUGAUCACUACCACACACUAAGCUCGAAGCCGACCCUUGCAAUACGGUCCUCACCUCUGGGCCUGCACCGAGCACACUGAUGUCAAGAACUCCUGCUCCACACUGGGACUUCUUUCCCUUCAUCCUGGACGUCACUGCUGACGCUCAACACGACGGGUCAUGUGGCAGCACAGACAGGGGGCAAUGCCGUGCGUCGGGCCAACCGCCUCUGUUUUUAAGGAAAGGAAAAAAAUAUAUAUUUGGAAGGAUCGUGGACAAUACAGCACACAAUGAAGGAAAUUAAUGUAUACGAGACAUUAGGGGCUUCUUUUUUUUUUUUGGAGAACAUUUUGUGUGUGAAUAUUUGUAUACUGUAGAAGAAUUAAUAAAAAAAAUGGAGGCAUUGGA